GUUGCCGUUGUGCUGCUGACGAUUAGUGAACGAAAGUAUCUAAUAGUGCGGGAAGAUCAUUUUUAAAUUAUUUAUUACUUUUAACUAUUUUCAUUCAUUACGCUGAUUUCAGUGCAUAUGAGUAAAAGCAUCUAAUCGAUCAUUUAAAUGUUAAACUAUCUGCGCGUUCCUCGAAUCUCAACUGGAGAAAAAAAGAAUAAUAUUUUACUGAAAAAAAUAUAAUUUCAUCUCAGUUCGAUCAGAUAUACAAUAAUUUUAGUCAGUCUUUGUUUGUCCGCGGUAUAGUGCUAGUGCCCCAAAGAGCCAGCAGUGCUCUUCGAUAUUUUGUAUUUUAUUUUUUAAUUUGAAUCUUUAAGUUGUGAGAAGAACAAAAACAAAUAUUUGUUUUAAAAGAUAUAAGUUUUUUUAGCAAAAAAAAAAAAACUAUUAAAAGAAAUAAUUUUGAAUAAUUUUGCCGUAGAUUCUGUGAUUUUGUGCUAUUUUUUUUUAAAUUUGUGAUAUCAUCUUUCGGAAACUAUCUGAAAGAAUUUAUAGAAUAUGGGAUCUUACUGGUUUGCCGAUUAUAUACCCGCCUGGGCAAAUAGAUGGCGCCCAGCGCCAAGACCUUUCAUACACCGAUGGCAUGCUCCUAAUUAUACGCCCGGUGAAGAUGUCUUGGGUGUACUUAAUGUCGACAUGUGUUUCGAUCAAAAUUCAAAUGACCAUCAUACAAAUCGGUAUGUCUCAUCCCAUGAAUAUUUGAUUGUUCGUCGAGGAGAACCAUUUCGACUAAAUAUAUCACUUAAUCGUCCUUAUGAUGAAAAUAAAGAUGCCAUUAGUUUUAUGUUUACGGUUUUCGAUGAUAAAAAACCUAGUCCUGGACAUGGAACGCUAAUUGGCAUUGCACCUUCGAAAGAUAAUAAGACUCUGGGAGAUAUGUUUGAAUGGGGUGUUGUAAUUGAUUAUGUCAAUGGAAAUAACAUGUCAGUUCUCAUCAAGCCCGCUGUUACAUGCCCAGUAACACAAUGGAAAUUAGACAUCGAUACUAAACUCAUUGGAGGAUCAUCCCGAUCACAUGCUAUUCAGACUCCAAUUUAUAUCCUAUUCAAUCCUUAUUGUCGAGAUGAUCAAGUCUUCUUGGAUAACCGAGAUGAACGGAAAGAGUACCUUUUGAAUGAUACAACUCUUAUUUGGAGAGGUUCUUACAAUCGAAUGCGACCAUCAGUCUGGAAGAUCGGUCAAUUCGAACGGUACAUUUUGGAAUGUUCGAUAAAACUGAUUGGAACAGUUGGAAAAGUUCCAGCUGCACAUCGAGGAGAUCCCGUUCGGGUAGCAAGAGCUCUAUCAGCUGCUGUAAAUUCGGUCGAUGAUGAUGGAGUCAUGCUGGGCAAUUGGACGGAAGAUUUCUCAGGCGGUACUGCUCCAACCAAAUGGAUUGGAUCAGUGGAAAUACUUCAACAAUUCUAUAAAACUCAAAAACCAGUCAAAUUUGCACAAUGUUGGAAUUUCUCAGGAGUUCUAACAACAAUAGCCCGUUCAUUGGGUAUUCCAUCGCGUAUUGUUACGAACUACUCAUCUGCUCAUGAUACUCAAGGCUCUUUGACGGUAGAUAUUUUCAUUGAUCAAAACAAUAGAAAAAUGGAAGAAGAAACAUCGGACUCUAUUUGGAAUUAUCACGUGUGGAACGAAGUUUGGAUGGAACGUCCUGAUUUAGGUGCUGGUUCGUAUGGAGGCUGGCAAGCUGUUGAUGCCACUCCCCAGGAAUCCUCUGAUGACAUGUAUAGAUGUGGACCAGCUUCAGUGGCAGCUGUUAAACAGGGAGAAAUUUUAAGACCCUAUGAUUGUGGAUUUUUGUUUUCAGAAGUUAACGCUGAUAAGGUCUAUUGGCGUUACAAUGGACCUUUCCAACCCAUUAAAUUGAUCCGAAAAGACACUCUUUCAAUUGGUCAGUUAAUCAGUACGAAGGCUGUGGGAAAAUGGACUCGGGAAGACAUCACCAGUACGUAUAAGUUUGAAGAAAAAACCGAGGAGGAACGCAAUACUAUGGUGAAGGCCUUGAAACAAUCUCGUCAUGCAUUUAGUCGGUACUAUUUGAAUGAUAGUUUCAAUGAUGUAGAAUUCGACAUGCAGCUUAAGGAUGACAUAAAAAUAGGAGAAAACUUCACAGUUGUUGUAAAGAUUACGAAUAAAUCGAAGGAAAAGGAACACGUUGCUGCGGGUCACCUUAAUGCUGAUACAGUACUUUAUACAGGAAUCAAUAAUGCCGAAGUAAAAUCUAUUGGUUUUGAGGUGGAACUUAAGCCUGACACGUCGGAGUUUGUCAGAAUGGAAGUUAACUUUGAUGAAUAUUAUGGAAAACUUCUUCCAGAAGCUGCUUUCAAUAUUUCCUGCUCAGGAUUAGUUAAGGGAACCGAAUGGGAAUACUUUGCUCAGGACGAUUUUCGUGUACGUAAGCCAGAUAUUAAGUUCACAUUCCAGGGUAAAGUUAUAGCCAAAGAAGCAGUGGAUGUUAUUGUUCGAUUGACCAAUCCUCUGCCUAUUCCAUUGAAGAAGGGAAUGUUCUAUAUUGAGGGACCAGGAAUUGAUAAAUCUUUAAGAUUCAAGAUUGCUGAAAUACCAGUUGGAGGAACAGCAGCGUCGACAUUCAAAUUUACUCCACCAUAUUCUGGAAGAGGAACCUUAAUAGCUAAAUUUAAUUCGAAAGAGCUAGACGAUGUGGAUGGUUAUUUGCAUUUUGAAAUUGAACCUAGACCAGAAGAUAUAUUAAUGAAUGGUAAUGGAGCGAGAACGGAAGAAAUAGUUCGAAGAACAGAUGUGAUUCCAUGAACAAUUUUAAGUUUUUUUUUUGUGCUUUAAAUUGACAAUGAAUUAAUAUAUUGAUAAGCGUUUUUUUAUAUAAAUUAUUUUUUUUUUAACUAUUGUAUAUUAUCCCAGCUGAUAAAAGGAGAAACUAAUUUUAAGUAUUAUCAAAGUUAGUUAUAGAAUUUGUUACUUAAAAUGCUUGCCAAUUUUGUAAGAUUAACAAUUUUAUUGAUUUUUGUUUAGAAAUAUAAAAAAUUAAAUGUUUAAA